AUUGUGCGUGGUAAUAAAUAGCUAGCAUUCUUCGUCAUACCUUAGUCAAGACAGACAAGACGACGAAGAACCAACUACUGAUAAACCGUAUCGUGAUACGACUUGCAAUGGGUAGAGUACAGGUUUUAGUAUUUUCCAUCUACAUUGCAACCCUAGUUCUUCAUCUCUGUGAAACAGCAUCAACUAAAAGACCAUGUGGGGUUCUCCAUCUUAAACCACGAGUUCUCAUGAACAAGCUAGAAGAGGAAGAGUGGAUUGUAGUCAAUCGAAAUGUCCGAAAUCACCAUAACAGUAACAGCCGAGUUCCAAGAGUUACUCGAAGCACUAGCUUAAUAGAGCCAAUCAGCGUUAUCAAGAACGGCCAUUGUUCGUACAGCAUAACGUACGACAUCGAUCAAGACAGAAUACCGAAGUUUUUGCCAAAYGCGACGCUGAAUUGUAAGAGCUGUUCUCCUUUGUGUACAUCACAAACUGUUUCACAUCAUGUACUUGUAAGAGAUUGUCUCAAGCUUCGUAUGAGAUCAACAAGAGCAGACAUAUGGAGAACGUCGACUGUAUCUUUACCGUUUGCUUUUACACCUAAUUGAAGAAACGUCGUCGGGUCCAAAAAGGUCAAAUCAUAGAAGCUAAGACCGAAAGGGUACUUGGGAGCGCAUAUUUUUGUUAAAUUGGAAGGUUCCUCUUAAAGUAGGAGAUGCAUUAGUUUUGUCGGAAUUUCUGGAUAGCACCAGAGAUAAAAUUACUUUUAAGUAAAACGAUGAAUUUUCUUAUUAUUUU